AUGCGUGAAGUUUCCGAUACCCUCUGGAAUUUUCACCUUACGUGGAGAUCAAAGAUGACGAGAUCAUGUUUCCUCCGCGAGCGCAAGCUCCGCACCGCGUCGUCCUGUAUGAUAACCGAGCCAGUAUCGGACGACGAAACCGACGAGUCCAACGCAAUAAAACGAGCCGUCGCAACGCAGAAUGCAGAUCCCCCGAUCCAUCGGCAAAGGAACUCCGAGCCCGCCUGGAAAUCCGACUUAAGGUCCAGCUUUGGCACUAAACACAAGGAUCUCUCCGAUCUAUUCGAGAUGGAGCAACUCGAGGACGAACCGCUACGAAGCUACCUGAACAGAUUCAAGAGCGCGCUGCUCGACCUCAGGGACAUUCCGGGAGCACCCCCAAUCGCGGAACCGGUACUCGUCCAAGCCCUCGGAAACGGACUUCGAUACGAAUCCGGAUUCUGGGAAGAUAUCCGCAUCCGCCCCUCCCCAACUUUGAAGGACGCCUUCCUCCGCGCUGAGAAUUACAUCCGCCUCGAGCAAGACAUCCCGCAGCUACGGUUCGACCCCGAAGAUCCUCGGUUCCGGCUAAGAAACAAGAGAAAGUCAUCAUCCUCUCGCCCGGAGAAGUCCACGCAUAAAGCACCAAGGUGCCAUCACGAAUCUCUCCCUCGCCGAGACGACGCCCCUGUCUACGAAGGCGAGACCAGGAGAAACAUGGAGAAUCGCGCGAAGACUGAUCGCCAUGCACCCCCGCAAUGCUCGUUCUCCGAUCAGGAGAUAUUCGAGAUCAUUGCCGAUAUUCGAAGAACUCCCCUGACAAGCCGCCUAUCCGAGGUACCACUGAAGAAGCGCGCUUCACUACACCUAAACUUCUAUGAUGGCCGAGAAGAUCCCAAGCAGUGGAUCACAUCCUUCAUGACGGCCAUGAGAAGACAGAAAUAUACAUCGCCGGAAGAACAAAGCGCGCACUUCUGCCAAGCCCUCGCCGAACACUUGCGCGGCGACGCCCUAACAUGGUUCAGCAACCUCCGUGCCGACUCCAUCGACAGUUUCGACGAUCUAGCAGCCGCUUUCCUAAAGCAACACCUCCGUUUCGCAUUAGACGACCUCGUCUUUUGCAAAACCGAUGACGAUACGAUCUAUGGUCUCGGCAAAUUCGGUUCCGACUGGGAAGGACCAUUCCGCAUCGCGAAAGUCGUCAAACCAGGUAUCUAUCAGCUAGAAGACAACCUCGGCACCACGUCCGAUCGCCUCUGGAGCUCGUCGGAUCUGCGCAAGUUCCAUGACUAG